GAAACUAUUUCACGACAAACUUGGUCGCUUUGCCACUAGAUGGCGCGACUAGUAUCGAAUUACCGACUUUAAACACUUUUAUUUAUUUAAGUUUUUUUGCAAAUAUACACUGUAUUACUCCGUGUUAGGAGUACUAAACUAUUAGUUUAAUUACUAUUCUUUGAAUAAUAGCGAUCGCGAGACGUUUGUGCGUACAGCAAAAUUAGUUCACCUGUCUCACCGCUAGAUGGCUAUACUGAAAGUCACCCCGUUGAUGCGCUUGUAGGUUUGAAAAAACGUAAACAAUUAUGCAUUUCAAUAAUAGGUUUAUUUGAAAACUUCUUUGUACAUAGAUUAUCAAUAUAUUUAUUAAUAUUACUAAUGAGAUACAUAACUAUUUAUUUUAUAUAUUAUAAAUAUAGAAGAGCAUACAAAAAUGAUUUACUAAUAGAAGAAUAAAAUAGAUAUAACACUAUAAUAAAAUGAGUCCAUUAAAUUUUUAUAUAAUAUAUUUACUAAUACGACAAAUAAGUAUAACAAAUUAACAUAUAAGAAACAUUACAGUAUGAUAGAUUGAUUAAUUAUAUAGUUUAGAGCAGGCACAUAAUACUUAUAUAUUUAUCGAUAGAUAAUUAUAUACAUAUAUUUAUAUUAUAAGCAGAAAACGUAGUUACAAUAGGUACUGUUAAGUUGUAUUCCAUUGUAUUUUAAAACAAAAUGGGUAUUAUUAGGUAUUAUAGGAAGUCAAAGGGAAUGCUUUCAGCUUGCUCUGUGCCCUCUAUACAACCAUUCUAACCUAAAAUAACUUCGCAUGGUUUCACAUUGUUUCGAAUAUUGUUCAUGUAUUAAUAAAAUACUUUACUGUUCGGCAUAUUUAAUAAGAUAAUAACUAUGUUGAAAUAUACAAGAUUGUGUAUAAAUCAUUUAAAAACACGGCCAACAACGCUUCUCUCCAAUCAGACUGAUUUAGUGACACAACAAACUCGGAAUACAUUCAUCCUAAAAAGACAAUAUCCAGUACCACUGAUCAAGAAAAAUCGAUUUAGACCAGUAUUAAGGCAUAGAAAUUAUAUUUAUGAUUUCGUAGAAUGUGCAGAUGACAGAAAAUACCCAGACGUUGACCUAAUCUUGUUAAAAACAGUAGAAGGCCUUGGUGUUAGAGGUCAGCAGGUUGCAGUGAAAUAUGAAGCAGCAUAUACAAAAUAUUUGUUACCAAAGGUUGCUGUAUAUACAACUCCUGAAAAUAUUGAAAAGUAUAAAGAUAUCUUGAAUAAGAUAGAUGUUAAUACAGGCAGUUCUCAGUUUGCACAAAGAGCAGUAAACUUAUUAUCUCAGUUCUAUUUAAGCAUACCAAUGUCUAUGCAUACACCUUGGACCAUAGAAAAGUGGCACGUCAGAGUAGCUUUUCGUCAUAAACGCAUAAUUGUUCCUGAGUAUGCAAUAACACUUCCAGAAAAGACUAUAUCUGGACCUGAUUUAUCCAUCGAAAACAAAGAAUUUUACAUCACUGUCAAAAUCAAUAAUUGGGAAGAAGUGAAAGUCAGAUGUAAAAUACGUCAUUGGAACCCUAAACCGCAAAUUUCAUUAGAUGCUGCAGAACCAGUGCCUAUUUGGGAGUUACCUAAUAUAGCAAUAUUCCCAGAAGAUCAACCAAUUUUGAAUUCUUUACCAAAGCAUCGUUUGCUUACCAAGAAAACUAAAGCACGAAUGUAAAAUGUCUAAUAUAAAUAAAAUCUAAUUUAAACGGAA